AUGGGUCUUAAGUUGACUAUAUCCAAAGCCAAGGCUGAUUUUAAGACCCAAUGGGAAGAAGAUAAUAAAAGAGAAGUGAAAUCUCGUGAUACCGAUAGAGUUCAAUGGGAAAGACAAAGAAGAAUCAUUGAUGCCAGUACUAAGACCCAUUUAAAUUCCAUAACUAAAGAGUCUAUUCAAAUGUCUUUACCUAAUGGGUACAAUAAAAGUGCACAUACCUUCAACAACGUAUCAGGUAACGUGAAGAAUUCAGCACCAACUCAAACUUUGAUAGGUUCUAAAUCUUAUGGAUCUUUAACUCAACCCAAGAAAUAUUAUGAUCAAUCCAAUUCAAUGAUUUCAGGAGGUGGUGAUGUAAUAAGAGGAAGAAUAAGGAAAACUCCAAGAACAAAAACCGCUUUGAAAGCUCAAACUUUAAGAAUUUUAGUUAAUGGAACUUUGAAACAAUUCAAAUCUUAUAAGACAAAAUUAUGGGGGAUGGAAAAGAAUAAGACCUUGAAUGAUCUCACGUGGAAAUAUGUUAAUGGACAGUGGAAGAGUGGUGAUGAUCAUGUGAUUGAAAGAUUUAUUUGUAGUAUUAAUGGAGUGCAGGCUAAAAAUUAUGGUAAGGAUGUUGAAACUCAUGUAGUCAAUGAGCCAGAGGAAGGGGUUAAUGACAAGGAUAAGUCGUUGGCUGUUUUAUCAUCCAUGCUUGGGUCUUAUGACUUUGAUAAACCAGCAGAAAUUGAUGGUGAAGAUGAAGACGAAGUAGUGGUUGACCAAAAAGGGAGAAAGAAAACAGUUAGGUUUGAUUAUGAAGUCGAAGGGGAGAUCAAGGAUAGUGACAUGGAUUUGGUUUAUGACAAAAAAGCUAUCGAGAGAUACAAAAACGAAGUACAAAGACCUCAAGGAGAGGUUCAUUAUGAUGAAGAUGAUGAAGGAAAUGAAUUGGAUUUCGAUAGUUUGGGACAGCAAUAUAGUACUGAGAGUAUUAUGAAGGAGUAUGAUGAAUCGCAUAGAGAACAGGAAGGUGAAGAAGGAAGAAAGAUCGAGCAAAUUGAAGAAGGAAGUGAGACGUACGAACAAGAGGGUGAAGAAGAAGUAAGUGAAGAAAGUGAACAAGAAGAAAGUGAUGAAAGUGAAGAAGAUGAUGAUGAAGAAAGCAAAGAACAAACUGAAGAACAAGACGAAGAACAAGAACAAGCCGAAGAACAAGAACAAGCCGAACAAAACGAAGAAAGCGACUCCGAACCUGAAUUCAUGCCUACUUUCGGCCAACCUAACAACACCGAAGCUUUAAGAAGUUUAUUCAACCCUCAAGAAAAAACCUUCAAUAUCGGAAUUGAAGACGAAGAUAUAGACGAAACCAAAGGAGUUGACGAAGAAGACCAGAAACUUGUUUUGAAACAAUUAAAGAAGGAUGUGCCCAUUAUAGAAAAACCAAUUGCCAAAUCAGGACUCUUUUGGUUCCACGACGACUCCCCGUUUUUACAAACUCAAUCACAAUUAAGUAGACUUGGUUAUGAUGGGGAGAAAGUUAAGUUACCAGGAGAAAAUGAAGGAGAAGAAGUUGAAGAUGGUGAUGACAACGAAACUCCUUAUGAGCAAUGGUUCUGGAAAAUGAGAGGUGAAGUUACCAGAGAAUGUAAAAGACGUAGAAGAGAUGUUCUUAGAAUAUUAAAGAAGAAAUCAUCUAAAUCCAUGACUAUAUAG